AGCUUCAGCCAAAAAGAAAAGAAAAAAAAGGACCCGAGAUGCAGGCGCUGGGCCUGGGCCGCGGGUGCACCCUCCUCCACCACGCCUGCCGCUGCCGCCGCACCGCCGCUUCACCCUCUCCUCCGGCUCCCCGUCCUCACAACGCUCCAAGGCUAAAAACCCGCAUCACCGCCGUGCGCGCUAGCGCCGCCCAGCCCGCGCAGAUGGAACGCAAGCACGGGGAGGAGCCGGUGAGGGUGGUGAAGCUACGCGCGGUGGAGGCCACGCCUGAGUCCUUCGCGCCCUUCGGGCAGGUCAUCGCCGCCUCCCCCGACGGCGACGAGUUCGGCCCCCACGACGCGCAGCUCGACCUCAGCCGCGGCAUCCCUAGGUUCUACAUCAUGCGACUGCAGGACCGGCCGCUGGAGUUCUCGAACAUCACCCACCACGCCAGCGUGACCCAGUGCCUGGGCUCCAUCGGCGGCCAUGACUGGUACCUUGGUGUGGCCAAGCCAUCGAUCUUGGAUGGGCCGGCUGAGCAGAGUGGUCAGGAGGGGUGGAAACCGCUGCAGUCUUCCGCGGGUCACUACUAUCUGCCUCCCGAUCCAGCCGAGGUCUGCGUGUUCCGGGUUUCCGGCCCCAAGUUCCUCAAGCUGAACAAGGGGACCUGGCAUGCUGGGCCGCUGUUCAAGGCGGAUGCCGUGGAUUUCUAUAAUCUGGAGCUGGGCAACACCAACGUUGUUGAUCACACUACACACCGUUUCAAGGAACAUGACGGGAUAACCUUUGUGGUCGAGGACUGAAAGACAUCUUGCAGUGUGUGCGGACGUUGUUGAGCAGCAGAUACGAGUUUACAAGACCGCUCACUGAUCUUAUCUUCAAAACUACUACUUUGUAAUGAAGAACCAACUUGUAAAUGUUAUGUAGAAAGUAGAAACGCACGCCUGAGGUGCCUGUUCGAACUUGUGCCUUGUGUUUCUGUCAGCACCAAAAUGAAACGCAAAACUCCACAUCCGCCUUAGGGCGUGUUCAGAUCCUUGACUAAAGAUUAGCUCUUAUCA